AUGGAGGCCUCCGGGCACCCCCAGGCCAGGAGAUGCUGCCCAGAGGCCCUGGGAAAGCUAUUCCCUGGCUUUUGCUUCCUCUGCUUUCUGGUGACCUACGCCCUGGUGGGUGCUGUGCUCUUCUCUGCCAUUGAGGACGGCCAGGUCCUGCUGGCAGCAGAUGAUGGAGAGUUUGAGGAGUUCUUGGAGGAGCUCUGCAGAAUCUUGAACUGCAGCAAAACAGUGGUGGAAGACAGGAAACAGGACCUCCAGGGGCAUCUGCAGAAGGUGAAGCCUCAGUGGUUUAACAGGACCACAGACUGGUCCUUCCUGAGCUCGCUCUUUUUCUGCUGCACCGUGUUCAGCACCGUGGGGUAUGGCUACAUCUACCCCGUCACCAGGCUUGGCAAGUACUUGUGCAUGCUCUACGCCCUCUUUGGUAUCCCCCUGAUGUUCCUCGUUCUCACAGACACAGGCGACAUCCUGGCAACCAUCUUAUCCACAUCUUACAAUCGGUUCCAAAAAUCUCCUUUCUUUACCCGUCCUCUCUCCAAGUGGUGCCCCCAAUCUCUCUUCAAGAGAAAACCAGACCCCAAGCCCGCAGAUGAAGCUGUCCCUCAGAUCAUCAUCAAUGCUGAAGAGCUUCCAGGCCCCAAACCUGGCACACGUCCUUCACGCCCAAGCUGCCACAUGGAGCUGUUUGAGAGACUUCGUGCACAAGAGAAACAGAACACACUGCAACUGCCCCCACAGACCAUGGAGAGGAGUAGCUCAUGUCCUGAAUUGGUGCUGGGGAGACUCUCAUACUCCAUCAUCAGCAACCUGGAUGAAGUCGGACAGCAAGUGGAGAAGUUGGACAUCCCCCUCCCCAUUGUCGUCCUGAUUGUUUUUGCCUACAUUUCCUGUGCAGCUGCCAUCCUACCCUUCUGGGAGACACAGUUGGAUUUUGAGAAUGCCUUCUAUUUCUGCUUUGUCACGCUGACCACCAUUGGGUUUGGGGAUACUGUUUUAGAACACCCUAACUUCUUCCUGUUCUUCUCCAUUUAUAUCAUCGUUGGAAUGGAGAUUGUGUUCAUUGCUUUCAAGUUGGUGCAAAACAGGCUGAUUGACAUCUACAAAAAUGUUAUGCUAUUCUUUGCAAAAGGGCAGUUUUACUGCCUUGUUAAAAAGUGA